AUGAUUGCUGUCAUGAUCAUAUAUUUGCGAGGCGGAGGCACCCAUCGACACAUCUCAUCUCAAUCAGACCAACAACUCCACCAGAGUCUCCAGCUGUCCUUGACCUCCAACUCUGCAUCCUCAUCUCAGAUGCACUUCCGGCUUAGCUACAUUUACAUCAUCUUGACCGCUUUUAUCUGCCUAGGCAGGACUCAACCAAAGGUGAGCGGUGAGGGCCAUUUCUGCGACUCUACAGGUCCAGCCUCUUCGAUUUCUGGUUUCAACUUUGAAGGGACCUUUCUGUCGAUCCACUUCCCGACCAUGCAGCGGUCCGGCCCAGCCAAUCGUGUACUAUCCAAGAUUGCCUCUUGCAGAAUAAGGCUCGAACUGAAGGAGAAGAGGCCAGUCCUCCGGAGUGUCGAGCAGCACUUCUCUCUUGCUCGUUACCAUCUUCGCCUAAAGGGCACUGCGAGGGAGAAUACAUCGAACCAGGAUUGUCAACAGAUCUAUAACUAUUGA